ACGACAUCACACUACAAAUAGUCCUCAAUCACUGUCCACCAACACUACGUUGGGAAAGCUGGAUUCUUUCGACAAAUCCUCUAUCUUCUUCCUUUCCUUCCUUCUGAUACCGAGACAAUCUCUCUCUCUCUCGGGUUUUGGAACGGUGGCCGUCGUUCGGUCACUCUCCCUCUUCCUUCUGAGGUCUAGUUUGAUAGAAGUGCUUGAACAGACAUGGGCAUCUGGUGAUUAUUUCCUUCAUCAUUGAAAUUAUUUGUUAGUCUUUUGUGAUACUGAUUUUAAUGGGCUGUGGAUUGGGAAGCUAGAGUUGGAUGGAUUGUGAUGUCAGUCAUGAAUAGUCCAUAGGCAUAACAACCUGAAAAAGGGUGUGAAAAGAGGUCAAAUUGUCCAUGUUGUAACAAAUUUUCCAUCUUAAUUAUUUUGUCUUCUAUUUGAUGCUCUUAUAUCCUCUUGACGAGCAAAUGACAGAAACUGAAGUGGCCAUAAAUAUACACGACCAUGGUAUGACUCUUGAUGACCGUAAAAGGAGAGUCCAAUGCAAUUAUUGUGCUAAAGUGGUAAGUGGAUUCAGCCGCCUUAAAUGCCACUUAGGUGGUGUAAGGGGAGAUGUAGCUCCUUGUGAGGAAGUUCCCACAGGAGUGAAGGACCUAAUGAGAACAAAGCUAAUUAAAAAGAAAAAAGGAUAUUUGAGCAAGGAAGUUGGGGAGCUCUCGCAUCCGGAUCUUCCUUGGAAGAGGAAUUUGUUACCCCACUCCAAUGGUGUCAAUGAUAGUGAGCAGGACAUGGUUCAAACUGCAGGGUCUGGUGGUAAAAAAAGUGUAAAAGGUAAUUCUAACUCAGUGCCAGAAGUGGUUUCAUGUCGAAAGAGAAGAAUACCUUCACUAGCAGCUCCCAGUGCCAUGGAAGAUUUAUCAUCACAUCAAGCUCAAAUAUGCAUCGCUAGAUUCUUUUAUGAGAACGACAUUGAUUUCAGUGCUGCCAAAUCUCCUAGCUUCAAGAGAAUGAUAAAUGCCACCCUCGAUAACGGUCAGACUGGAUUUAGGAUCCCCAGUUAUCAGGAAAUGAAAGGGCAAAUCCUUCGGGGUGAAGUGAAAGAAAUGCAACAGUAUGUAAAGGAAACUAGAAAUUCAUGGGCAAGCACAGGGUGCAGCAUCUUGUUGGAUGGAUGGAUAGAUGAAAAUGGACGGAACCUGUUAAACAUUCUAGCGCAUUGCCCCCGAGGGCCAAUAUAUCUCAGGUCAUUGGAUAUUUCAGCUGCUCUUGGAAAUGUUGAUGCCUUGCAGAUGUUGUUUGAUGAAGUUAUUAUGGAGGUUGGGGCUGAUAAUGUUAUUCAAAUAAUCACAUACUCUACAUCACUCUGUAUGGAAGCUGUAGGCAAGCUCCUAAUGGAGAAGCACAGGACAUUAUUUUGGACAGUCAGUGCAUCUCAUUGCUUGGAACUCAUGUUAGAAAAAAUUGGAAUGAUGGAUCUUGUUAAAGGGAUACUCAAGAAGGCGAAAACCAUUACAAAAUUCAUUUACAGCCGUGCCACAGUUCUGAAGCUUAUGAGGUGUCAUACUGAUGGUUGUGACCUCAUUUAUCCCUCUAGGAUUAAGUCUGCAAUGCCCUUCUUAACUCUAGAGAAUAUAAUGUCAGAAAUGGAGAACUUACAGAAGAUGUUUGUUUCAUCCGAGUGGAGCACUUCAGUCUGGGCUUCUAGCCAGGAGGGGAGACAAGUAGCUGAUUUGAUGGCUGAUCGCUCUUUCUGGACAGGGGCAAGUGUGGUUUUGAAGGCGACUAUUCCUCUGGUGCGUGUCUUGCAUUUGAUUAACGAGGGUGAUAAGCCAGAACUUGGUUUUAUAUACGAAACUAUUGAUCAGGCUAAGGAAACAAUUAAAGAGGAGUUUAAGAACAAGAAGGCCCAAUAUAUUCCUUUUUGGGCGACUAUAGAUGAGAUUUGGAAUAAUCAUCUCCACAGUCCUCUCCAUUCUGCAGGUUAUUUUCUGAACCCGAGUCUCUUUUAUUCAAGCGAUUUCUUCACUGAUGCGGAGGUUGCCACUGGUCUAUUAUGCUGUAUUGUCCGAAUGGUAGAAGGUAAGCAUGUCCAAGAUUUGGUCACCCUGCAGGUUGAACAGUAUAGAGCAGCCAAGGGUCCUUUCGGUCAAGGAAGCACCCUUGAUCGACGAUCUAGUCUUUCUCCAGCCCUUUGGUGGUCCUACUAUGGAGGAGAAUGUCCCGAGUUGCAAAGACUUGCCAUUCGAAUUCUAAGCCAAACUUGCGAUGGUGCGUCAAAAUAUCAGCUCAAGAGGAGUUUGGCUGAGAAGCUUCUCACAAAGGGAAGGAAUUAUAUUGAGCAACAACGGUUAAAUGAUCAGGCAUUUAUGCACUAUAAUUUGUGCUUGCAGAAUUUCACGUCAGGUGGCUCUUGCAGUGGUCACAUUCUAGGUGAGGAAAUAGAUUCGAUGGAUGAUUGGAUAGUGGAUGAAGCAGCACAAGCUGCACUUCUUCAAAAUUGUGAACCAUCAUGGAUGGAAUUGGCUGAUGCCGAUAAAACGUCCGCGGGUGGGAGAGGCGUCAAUAUAAGGGAAGACGGGUCUUCAAGUUUUCAACCAAAGGAGGAGCCCAGAUAAUUAAGAUCUUGAAAUGUGUGUGAGAGAGAGAGAGUAGCUGGCAAUAGAUUUGGGAGCAGCAUGAACGUUUCUCUUGUAUAGUAGUUUAUUUUUAAAAAAAAUAUUUGUGGGAAAAUAUUCUCUCUUCUGAUGUUCUAUUUUAAGGACAAUUAUUUGCA